AUGACCGUCCCCAUCACCGCCCCCGCUGCUGACUUCGACGUCCCGCGUCCCAAGGACGUCGGUGUCCUCGCCAUGGAGGUCUACUUCCCCCGUCGCUGCGUCUCCGAGACCGACCUUGAGGUCUUCGACGGUGUCUCGAAAGGCAAAUACACCAUUGGUCUUGGCCAGGAGUAUAUGGCAUGGCCCGACGACCGCGAGGACAUUAACUCCUUCGCGCUGAAUGCUGUCUCUGGCCUCCUGGAGAAGUACAACAUCGACCCCAAGUCCAUUGGGCGCAUCGAGGUUGGAACUGAAACAAUCAUCGACAAAUCAAAAUCCGUCAAGACCACCCUCAUGGACCUCUUCGCUGAAGCUGGCAACUUCGACAUUGAGGGUAUCGACUCCAAGAACGCCUGCUACGGAGGAACUGCUGCUCUCUUCAACGCAGUCAACUGGAUCGAAUCCAGCUCAUGGGAUGGGCGCAAUGCCAUCGUCGUCUCCGGUGAUAUCGCCGUGUACGCCGAAGGCCCUGCCCGCCCAGCUGGCGGCGCUGGCGCCUGCGCCAUACUCAUUGGGCCCAACGCCCCCGUUAUGUUCGAACCCAUCCACGGAUCGUACAUGGCCAACACCUACGACUUCUACAAGCCCCAGCUCUCCUCGGAGUACCCUGAGGUCGACGGGCCCGUCUCAGUCGUGACCUACGUCGCCGCGCUCGAUGCCGCCUAUCGCGUCUUCAAGGAGAAGUACGCCAAGGCCGCCAAGCGCGCCGCCUUCAACGGCGUGCCCGUUGAGAAGCCCGUUGAGGCCGUCUUCUCGCUUGAGGACGUCGACUACGCCAUCUUCCACAGCCCAUACGGCAAGCAGGCUGUCAAGGGCCACGCGCGCAUGCUGUUCAACGACUUCCUCGACGCGCCCAAAGCUCCGCGCUUUGCCAACAUCCCGGAUCCCGACGCGCUGCUCUCCGCGACGCACGCGGCCUCGCUCAGCGAUAAGAACGUCGAGAAGGUGUUCGUCGGCGCGUCGAAGGCGUCGUUCGCGCAGAAGACGGACCCAGGCAUGGCGUGCUCGCGCCGCCUCGGUAACAUGUACACUGCGUCACUGUAUGGCUGCCUCGCGUCCGUACUUGCGUCGGUUGAGCCGUCGACACUCCUUGGCAAGCGUAUUAGCUUGUUCUCGUUUGGUAGUGGCUGCGCGGCGAGCGUGUUCCUCGCGAGGGUAAAGGGUGACACCACUGAGAUCCGCCAGAAGAUGGACCUCCUUGACCGCCUGUCAAAGAUGAAGGUGGUGCCUCCACAGGAGUUCGUCGCUGCUCUUCAACUCCGUGAGAAGAACCACAACGCCGUUUCAUACACACCCGAAGGCUCCGUCGACAACAUCUGGCCCGGCUCCUACUACCUCGACAGCGUCGACUCCAAGUACCGCCGCAAGUACCUCCGCGCACCCGUCGCCUAA